CGCUCUUACACUACAGCUGUGCGAUUGCAAACGCGAAUUGGAUGUUGUGAGGCGGAUGGGUGGCCAGAUUGUCACUGGGCUUUCCGAUGGUCUCUCUCGAUUGGAUCAUGUGUAUUUGCGGGAGUAAUGGCAGGGUUGAGUAAAGGUGGUUGACCUUUUGGCUUUCAUUUCGUAGGUUAAGUAGAAGAAGCGUGCGUGAGUGUGGCCAAGGCUGGGUGUAGUUCUGUAGACUGUAGUUCAGAUUGUGUACUGUGGUUUCAGAAAGCGCGUGCUAGGAUGCGAGUGUACACAGCUGCUGAUAUCGUCUUAUGGAAGUGUAAACGUGCUACUGUUGGUGUUAUAUUUGGUGCUACUAUUGCAUGGUGGUUGUUCGAGAAGUCCGAACUAUCGUUCUUGACUAUCUGCUGUGAUGUACUGCUCAUUUUGAUAGUUGUACAGCUCAUAUGGGUCAAAAUAUCUGGGUUGCUAAAUAAGCAACCUAGGCAACUGCCUGAGUUAGUUCUGUCAGAGGAGAUGGUUAAUAAUGCUGCGGCUUCAUUCCGUGUUAAAGUGAACAACAUGCUAAUGAUUGCACAUGACAUUACUCUUGGCAAAGACUUCCGGCUCUUUUUCCAGGUUGUGUCAGUCCUGUGGUUGCUAUCUGUUAUUGGCAAUUUCUACUCUUCUGUAACUCUUGCUUAUAUAGGAACCAUUGCUUUGGUGACAGUACCUGUACUUUACCAUAGACACCAGGAGCACGUGGACAGGUAUGCUGGGAUGGUCCACCGGAAUAUCUCAAGGCAUUACAAGAUCGUCGAUGAAAAUGUGAUAAGCAGACUACCUAGAAGCUUCAUCAGAGAUAAAGAUGAUUGAUCUGCCUCGAAGUUUGAUGCUUGUCAUUUUUACGCUCGUUAAAUAGUUUGGGUUUGUUUGUUGUUGUAUUUUUGCAUCGUAGGUUGCAUCAAGUAGGAAUCUAGAUCAGUGGAAACCGAAGCUUGAUUUAGGUACCUUUUCAGUGUACUGUUGAUCAAUAAGAUCAAUGCCAAAAGGGCAUGCAGAAGAUCGCAGCACCUCGACCAAUAUCGUUUAACACCUCUGUAUAGACUGAUCUACGUGUUACCCCUGAUGUUAUUUUUUCCUUCUCUUUUGAGAUGGACCAUUGAGUUGGUUUUCGCAGCAAAAUGAGCUGCAACUGCAACCUCUUAAAAA